AUGGCCAAGCCCGUCGGCGAAGACGGUUGGCUCGCAUACCUCGAAGAGACCAUCCGAAACGCCUCCGACCUCGAAAAUCGCGUCCAUACCGUUGAGCAAUAUAAACGCGCCGUUGCCGCCGAGCCCGGCAGCUUGCGCAUCUGGCUCUCUUACUGCGACUACUUCUGGUCACUCUGGGAGGCUACCCAGGCCCUUGCCAGUGAUGGCUGGACCGAUGAGGAGCGCAUGAUGGGUCGCGAGCUGUUCUCCUUUGGCGCUGCUCUUGAUCUGUGGCAGCAAGGCUACGAGGCUAUUCAAUACCGCCUCAACGACAGCCACCUGCUCUGGGAUCGCUGGGUCUCUCUCGAAAUGGAGCUGCUCUCCACGACGCGCACUCCCGAGGGCAUCAAGCGCAUCACCCAUCUCUACUGCGAUCGCUUACAGACACCCCACCUGACCUGGGAAGAGACCUCUCAAAACUACUCCAACUUCCUAUCAAAUUAUAACCCUGACGCCUGGUUAGACUCAAUGAAAGAUGUCACCAACAAUGCCCAGGAGGUCAAACGUCUCAUCGCUGCUCGCGAUCCCUUUGAGCUCAAACUCAAGAAAGGAUUUUCUGACGGUGAUGUCGAAGCUCAGAAGGAUGCCAUGACAGAAUAUCUGGACUGGGAAAUGCUUCAGAGCAGGCGCAGUAAUGACUACCCCAAAAUUGGCAUCGACAUAUGUCGCGGCCUCUACGCCCGAGCCCUCACUGGUGUUCUCGCCACCGACCAGGCCACCUGGUACAGGUAUAUCGUCUUUCUUUCGUCCUCCAACUCCGACUUGCAGGCCCCCGGUAACUUGCUCGAUGUUCUUCGCAGAGCGGUUCAACGCUGUCCUUGGUCAGGGCGUUUGUGGAACAGGUAUAUCCUUUGCGCUGAGGAAACCAAGCUGCCCUUCGCCGAGAUCGAAUCCAUCAAGCACACUGCGACCAAUGAGAGUCAGAUUCUCAGGGACGGAAUGGAGGGCAUGAUCGGAAUGUAUGAGGCCUGGUGCGGUUUUCUGAAGCGGACAGCCAUGGAUGUCACUGCCACGGAUGAAUCCGUCGAUCUCGCCGAUGUUGGCUUGAGUGCGGCGCUGGAGGACGUCACUAUCAUUGGUCGAAGACUUUACGGGAAAGACUUUCAAGGCGACCCCAAGUUUCGGCUCGAACGUAUAUACAUCCAGUACCUGACUGAAAAGAAGGGCGCCAUCGAUGAGGCCAGAGCUCAGUGGAACAAGUUGGCCGCGGUCCAGAUCCAUGCCAACAGCAACGACUUUUGGUUCAGAUAUUACAUGUGGGAGAUGCUGAUCUUCUCAUCAACGAGCGUCCAAGAAACUCGGAGCCCGACGCCCUCGUCUGUCAACGCCAGUUUCCGGACCCCGUCAUUGGCAACCGCCGUUCUCGUCCGGGCUGUCUCGCGGAAAACCAUCGACUGGCCAGAAAAGGUUUUAGAAGUUUAUAUGCAACAUUGCAAUGAUUAUGAACCACCACUCUCGGUUCGGAAAGCGGCUGAUCGAGCGCACAAAACCGAGGAGGCACUCAACAAGCGCCGGGCCCACGAAGAAAAGGAGAAGGCUGCCCAGUAUGCGGCAUAUUACCGUGCGCAGGAAGCGCAGGUCUCAACUGAGGAGGCAGACCCCCAUCAGGGCUCCAAGCGGAAACGUGAAUCCGUUCCGCCUACCCAGGACGAGAAUACCAGUACCAGCAAGCGGCAGAAGAGUGACGUUGACGACACUGCAUCCCAGACUUCUGCAACACAGGAUCUCAAGAGGGACCGGGAAAACUCGACCAUCAUCGUGACCAAUCUCCCUAGCGAUGUUGCUCAGACCAAGGUCCGUCAAUACUUCAAGGACUAUGGACACAUCAAGAACGUCACAGCUCUGGUGCAGGACAGCGACGGUAGAUCUUCAACGGCCCUUAUUGAGUUCUCCACACCCGAGGAAGCCCAAUCUGCGCUGCUCCGAGAUGGCAAAUACUUCGAGCAAUCGCAGCUCAGUGUCAAGUCGGGACAUGACCUGACUGUCUACGUCGCCAACUACCCGCCAGCGGCGGAUGCAAAAUACAUUCGUCAACUAUUCAAGGAUUGUGGAGAAAUCCUCAGCAUCCGCUGGCCGAAUCUGCAGGCCAAUACCCGUCGUCGGUUUUGCUACAUUUCGUUCCGUGAUCGGGAAGCUUCAGGCAAGGCCGUCAAGAAAGAGGGCACCGUCCUCGACGGCCAGUACAAGCUGUUAGCCAAGUACUCGGACCCGAGUCACAAGAAGUCACGCGAUGGGGCGCUUGCAGCAGGCCGAGAAAUUCACAUUAACAACCUCGACCGAGCCGUUUCCGAGUCCGACUUGAGACAAGUCUUUUCCCAGUAUGGCAAGAUCACUAGGGUCAACGUGCCACAGACUUUGGCAGGCAAUAACCGAGGCUUCGCUUUUAUUGACUUCUCGACCAAGGAAGAGGCGGAGAAGGCGGUUGCAGAGACGAACAACACCAAAUUCCGCAGGAACUUUCUUGAGGUCGCGUUGUCGAAAGAGACCAAGUUCAAGCCGACUGCCAGAACCGUUACCGCCGGGCGCGAAUCAGCCUCUCCCGCACCUACCUCUACUCGCGAUGAUGAGGGAGAUGAAAUAAUUCUUGAUGCCCCAAGUGACAACCAGAACAAGCCUACGGCUGCUGAGAUCUUAAGCCGUACGAUUGCACUAAUGGGCCUUCCCGAUACGGUCAAUGAUGCGCGUGUCCAAGCCCUUGUUGAACCCAUGGGUGAUAUUGUCCAGCUUAUUCUACAGCCAGCCCACGGUGGCGCCAAGAUUGAAUUUUCAGACGCUGCCAACGCCGGGAAAGCGGCCCUCCAACUCAAUGGCAUGGAAUAUGAGGGUUCCAAGUUGCGCACCGGUUCCGUCGAUGAGCUGCGACAUGCCAAGGCCGAGCGCCGUUUAGACAGCAUUGUCUACGGGUCCAAGGGGUCCACCUCCAAGGGCACCAACUCCAAGGAGACCACCUCCAAGGAUGCCGCCACCAAGAGCAUCGUGUCCAUGGGCAUGAUGCCUCCGCCAACAACCAUUCGCCGACCGGUUGCGGGUCAGGCUCGUCCCCGGCGUGGCCUAGGGUUCGCUAGACCUGCAGCUUCCGCAGCAUCCAACAAUGGCACAGAAACCAACGGGGCCCCGGUGGCGAAGAAAAGCAAUGCUGAUUUCAGAGCCUUGUUUGUUCCUGCUGUGAAGGAGUCAUAUCGUGUAGCAUAA